CACGCCGCCUAAUGAUUGCCGUGUGUCCCGCCCGUCGGAGAGCUAGUAGUACAACGUAAAAAGGCUCGUCUUUCUUCUCCCGGCCCGCUCCUCGUGCCAGCUUCUUCGUCUUCUACCUCUCUUCUCUUGUCCCGUUGCCCGCCACCUCGCGCCCCUUUUUAAACCCACCACCACUGCCGAAUUCGGCCCCCCCUCACUCACCACCGCACCGCCCGCCCGCUGCGUGCUACGGGCUGCCUAACUUCGCUAGCCAGGACACACGCGCUCGGUCAGGCAGGCAGGCAGCGGCUACGACACGGCACGACGCGACGCCAGGAGCAGGCUGCUCCCGAGAGUCGUCCGAGGGAGACCGCCGUCGUCGUCAGCUAUCGUCAGGGAGGCGUCGUCGGUGUCUGUCUUCAUGGGGUCCGCCGCGUUGCAGGAUCACGCCGUCGGCGUCGGCGUCGGGAGGGCCAAGAAGGGGUCCGGGGGUUCCCAGCUGUGGAAGAAGGCGCUGCUGCAUUCCAGCCUCUGCUUCGUCAUGGGCUUCUUCACGGGGUUCGCCCCUUCGUCCGUCUCCGACUGGCGGUCCUCCUCUGCCGUGCCCGUCGGGGGUGCCGCCGGCGGGGUCGGGAGCAGCCACGUGGUCCGGACGCUGCACUCCGCUGGCGCGGUCGGAGCCAUGAACCGGAGCCUGCUAGCACAGGGCGGCGGUGCGGUCGGAAUCCAGGCGGCGUCGGAUGGCCCGCGGCCGCUGCUGGUGGUGGUGACGACGACGGAGUCGACCCCCACGGCGAGCGGCGAGCGGGCGGCUGUGCUGACAAGGAUGGCCCACACGCUGCGGCUGGUUCCCCCGCCCGUGCUGUGGGUCGUGGUGGAGGCGGCCCCUGACGUGCCGGCCACGGCGAAGCUGCUGCGCGACACGGGGCUCCUGUACCGGCACCUGACGUACAAGGACAACUUCACGGCCGCCGAGGCCGCCGCCGGCAAGGAGCGCCACCACCAGCGCAACGCCGCGCUCGAGCACAUCGAGCGCCACCGCCUCGCGGGCGUCGUCCACUUCGCCGGCCUCGCCGACGUCUUCGACCUCCGCUUCUUCGACCAGCUCCGCCAGAUCAGCACAUUCGGCGCGUGGCCGGUGGCAAGAAUGUCGCAGAACGAGCGGAAGGUGGUCGUGCAGGGCCCCGCGUGCAGCGCGUCCAAGGUCAUCGGCUGGUUCUCCAAGGACUUCAGCAACGGCAGCGCCGGCGGCACGGGCACGGCCAGGUCGCCCGAGAUCGACGUCCACGGCUUCGCCUUCAACAGCUCCGUGCUCUGGGACCCCGAGCGGUGGGGCCGCUACCCGACCUCCGAGCCCGACAAGUCCCAGGACUCGAUGGGCUUCGUGCAGCAAGUGGUGUUGGAAGAUUACAGCAAAGUGAAGGGCAUUCCUUCCGAUUGUUCGGAGAUCAUGGUAUGGCGUGUCGACAAGACGCCGUCUGCUUCCUCGCGGCAAGCUCCGGGUAACAAGAGAAGGUAGAAGGGAGAGCUAUAAACAGAGCUUGGAUGCCUGAGCCGAAGGAGCAGCGUACACUGUACAUGCAUGGUCACACCGGCAAAGGUGUUGAUUUUCGUACUAGCUGCGAAGACUGAAAAUUUUGGUUUUCUUUACAGGGGAUGGAUCAACCUGUAUCCCCCCAGGCAAUAUGAUCAUAAAUGCACAUCCUUUUUUACUAUACCUUUUUUCUUCCAAAAUUGUUAUAUAUGUAUAAUCUCCCCUCUCUUCUUUUUUCAAGUGGGUUUAGGUGAUUACAUAACACCCCCUUGAACUGUCUCAGGACUGCAGUGAAUAGAACUGGUUAAAACUUCCGACAAA